UAAUUUUUAUUGGUUGUAUCAUAUGGAACAUUUUCUCAGCAUGAUAUAUUAAAGAACAAAACAACUUGUAUAAGUUAACUAUCACAGCAAAAAGGGAUAUCUUACCACUCUUUAUGUUGGUCAGGAAUAAGUGUGCAGCCUGCUAUAGGCAGUUCAACAAAAAGGAGCACCUAGUGGAACACAUGAGGACAUCAUAUCACUCGGUGCAUGAGCCAAUGUGUGGAAUUUGUGGAAAACGCUGCCGGUCAUUUGAAUCCCUUCGCGAACAUCUUAUAGGACCAUUGCCAAAGGCAGAAUGUGAAAGGUUGUUCAGAGACCGUGGUUGUGACAUUUGCCUAAACAUCCUUAGCAGCCGCAAUGCUCUGAGGAUUCACCGAGAUACAUGUCAACUUUCAUUUGGAAAUAACGCUCUAUUGCACCGAUUUGCUAACUUAGGCAUCCAAGAUAACCUGAGAAUUGAUAGUGGGAAAACAAGAGCAGUUGCUCUUGCAUGCAAAAUGGUUGGUGGUGGUAGUGAUGGUUCAUUGGAUCUCUGUGCGAAAGUCUGCAUCAUAGAUGAAUACGAGAACAUAUUAUUCCGGUCCUAUGUCAAACCUCACCUUCCUAUUACACAUUACAGGUAUGAGACAACAGGCAUUCGACCAGAAUACCUCAGGGAUGCGAUGCCACUUAGGCAAGUGCAAAGGAAGAUUCAAGAUUUCCUGUGCAAUGGAGAACCCAUAUGGAAGAUCCGUCCAAGAGGUGGGAAGGCAAGGAUUCUUGUAGGCCAUGGGUUGGAUCAUGAUCUAAAGAGCUUGGAAUUAGAGUACCCUGCAGUUAAAAUAAGGGAUACAGCAAACUAUCCACCCUUAAUGAAGACUAGCAAGCUCAGCAACUCACUUAAGUAUCUCACAAGAGCAUACCUCGGAUAUGAUAUUCAAAGUGGCAUACAAGACCCUUAUGAAGACUGUGUUGCAACAAUGAGGCUGUACAGGAGGAUGCGAUCCCAGGCUCAUAGAAAUGAGAAUUAUCCACUUGCUAUGGACCCGCAAAAUAAAAAUAAUUUUGCUUCAUGGAGACAAAAUGAGCUCGAGAGGAUGAGUCCUGAUGAACUGUUUUCAAUCUCAAGGUCUGAUUUUUAUUGUUGGUGCUUAGAUAGCAAAGACUACGCCUAAACAAAGAGAGAAACUAGUAUCAAGAAUGUAGUGGGUGUAUCUGAUAGCUAUAUUGAGCUAUUAACCUAUAAAAUAACUAGAUAUAUAUAGAAAUAAAGCAUGGAAAUUUUCCCAUGUUUCUAGUAGAUGAUGGUAGGGAAAUUUGUGUAGUAUGAGGCAUUGAGCCUAUACGAAUGAAUUAUUCAUUGAUAUCUAUAAGAUGGGAUUAGAUAUAUCAAUUGUAUUUGAUUUAACAAGAAUAAAUACAUCUUUUCUUGCUGAAAAACGU